AUGAAGUUUGGUUUGCUGGAAGCAGGCCUUUUGGGCGCUGCUUCGGUGGCUAGUGCCAAGGAAUUGGCAUAUUCACCUCCCUUCUAUCCCUCCCCAUGGAUGACCGGCCAAGGCGAGUGGGCAGAGGCUCACAGACGCGCCGUCGAAUUCGUGUCCAACUUGACAUUGGCUGAGAAGGUCAAUCUGACUACUGGUGCUGGAUGGGAGCAAGAACGUUGUGUGGGAGAGACUGGAGGUAUUCCGAGACUAGGAAUGUGGGGCAUGUGCAUGCAAGAUUCGCCUCUGGGUGUUCGUGACAGCGAUUACAACUCGGGUUUCUCCGCCGGUAUCAAUGUUGCCGCGACUUUUGACAAGAGACUGGCCUACGCUCGUGGUAUGGCCAUGGGCGAGGAGCACCGGGAUAAGGGUGUUGAUGUCCAGUUGGGACCCGUUGCUGGUCCUUUGGGCAAGAACCCCGACGGUGGCCGUGUCUGGGAGGGUUUCUCUCCUGACCCCGUCCUCACUGGUGUGAUGAUGGCUGAAACCAUCAAGGGAAUGCAAGAUGCUGGUAUCAUUGCUUGUGCCAAGCACUAUAUCGGAAACGAGCAGGAGCAUUUCCGCCAGUCCAGCGAGGCUCAGGGCUACGGAUACAACAUUACCGAGAGUAUCAGCGCCAACAUUGAUGACACUACGAUGCACGAGCUUUACCUCUGGCCCUUCGUCGAUGCCGUGCGUGCUGGCGUGGGAUCCAUCAUGUGCUCCUACAACCAGAUCAACAACAGCUACGGUUGCUCUAACAGUCACACCUUGAACAAGCUGCUGAAGAGUGAGCUUGGUUUCCAGGGCUUCGUUAUGAGUGAUUGGGGUGCCCACCACAGUGGUGUUGGUGAUGCUCUUGCUGGUCUGGACAUGUCUAUGCCCGGUGAUGUUAUCCUGGGUAGUCCCUACUCGUUCUGGGGUACCAACCUGACCAUUUCCGUCCUGAACGGUACUAUCCCCGAAUGGCGCAUUGACGACAUGGCCACUCGUAUCAUGGCAGCCUACUACAAGGUUGGUCGUGACCGCCACCGUACUCCCCCGAACUUCAGCUCCUGGACUCGCGACGAGUACGGCUACGAGCACUUCAUGGUGAGCGAGAACUUUGUCAAGCUCAAUGAGCGCGUCAACGUGCAGCGUGAUCACGCCGAAGUCAUCCGCAAGAUCGGUGCCGACAGCACUGUGCUCCUGAAGAACAAUGGUGGUCUGCCUCUGACUCACAACGAGCGUUAUGUCGGAAUCUUGGGUGAGGAUGCGGGCUCCAACCCUGCCGGCGCCAACGGUUGCUCUGACCGUGGUUGUGACAAUGGUACUUUGGCUAUGGGCUGGGGUAGUGGAUCUGCCAACUUCCCUUACCUUAUCACUCCCGAGCAGGCUAUCCAGAAUGAGGUUCUGAACUACGGUAAUGGUCAGACCAAUGUCUUCUCUGUGACCGACAACGGAAAUAUUGAUCAGAUUGCCGCCAUCGCCGCCCUGUCCAGUGUUUCCCUAGUAUUUGUCAAUGCCGACUCCGGUGAGGGUUACAUCAACGUCGAUAGCAAUGAAGGUGACCGCAAGAACAUGACUCUCUGGAAGAAUGGCGAAGCAGUUAUCAAGGCCGCCUCGGAGAACUGCAACAACACAAUCGUUAUCAUGCACACCCCCAGCGCCGUCUUGAUUGACGACUGGUAUACUAACCCCAACAUCACUGCUAUCCUCUGGGCUGGUCUGCCUGGCCAGGAGAGUGGCCGGAGCUUGGUGGAUGUCCUUUACGGCCGCGUCAACCCCGGAGCCAAAACUCCCUUCACCUGGGGCAAGACCCGCAAGCAGUACGGCGCCUCUAUCCUUACUGAGCCCAACAACGGUAUCGGCGCUCCUCAGGAUGAUUUCACGGACGGUGUCUUCAUUGAUUACCGCCGCUUCGACAAGGAUGGCGCCGAGCCAAUCUACGAGUUCGGCUUUGGUAUGAGUUACACCGACUUUGAGUUCUCCGAUCUGGAGGUCAAGGCUUUGAACGCCGACAAGUACGUCAAGACCACUGGUUGGUCCAAGGCUGCCCCCGUUCUGGGCAAGGUUGGCCCUGUUUCCGAUUACCUCUUCCCCAAGAACAUCAAGCGUGUCACUCAGUACCUCUACCCCUGGUUGAACUCCACCAACCUUAAGGAGUCAUCUGGUGACCCUUACUACGGAGAGAAGACCUCGAAGUACGUUCCUGCUGGAGCUACCAACGGAUCUGCUCAGCCUCUUCUGCCCGCUAGCGGCCCCAGUGGUGGCAACUCAGGUCUCUUUGAGGAUUUGGUCCAGGUCACUGCCACCAUCACCAACACCGGCUCCAUGACCGGUGACGAAGUUCCCCAGCUCUAUGUCUCCCUUGGCGGUGCCAAUGACCCACCAAAGGUCCUGCGCGCCUUCGACCGUGUCACCAUCGCCCCUGGCCAGAAGCUCCAGUGGACCACCACCCUGAACCGCCGCGAUCUCUCCAGCUGGGAUGUCGCAGCCCAGAACUGGGUUGUCACUAAGACCCCCAAGAAGGUGUAUGUCGGUAACUCGUCUCGCAAGCUGCCUCUUUCGGCCAACUUGCCUACUGUCCACUGA